AUGGAGCAAAAUAAUCAAUUCAAUAAUGCUCAAGCACAAGGUGACCAAUUCAGUACUCAAGCAAACCUCCCUGACUUGGAUCAUGCAGUCAUACCGGAGCCAUUGAUUGUCACCCAGUCGGCAAUUUCGAUUUGGAGGACCGCCACACAAGCAGCUCAAUCCGGUAUGAGCCAAAACCGCCAGCAGGCACAGAUCCACACAACAGAGGAAGAAAGGUGUUGGUUGAUUUUGAUGGCAUUGCAAAGAGAACAAGAGCUGGAUGAGACAACUAGAUGGCUGCGUGACGCCUGGCAGGAAUUGGAUGAAGUUAGAAGCCUGUUGGGGAUCGCAAGAAAUCAGUAA